AUGUCUGAUGUUAUUUGUCCCGAUAACUCAUGUUAUGAGAAAAAUAAUAAGAACGGAGGUGAGGAUGGUAUCAUAGAGGCAAGGGAAGAGGUGGAUGUUAGUAAUGGUAGUAAAGAACACGAUUUAACUCCGGUUAAGGAAUUAAAAUCUAAAGAAUUAUUCGCGGUUGAACUUAAUAGCGAUAUGGAUAUCUCUACUAAAAUGCUAAGUGCAGUUCGAGAGGAUGUCAAAGGUUAUCGUCUCUUUAAUCUCAGAACAAAGCAAGUAAUAACCAGUCGGGAUGUAAUAAUAAUGGCAAAAGUAAGGAAAUCAGAAAUACCAGUACCAGUGCAAGAAACUGUGAGAAAUAAUGAAGAGAAUUUAAAUUCAGUGGCGGAAAUACCUGUAAAAGAGGAUACUGUAUCAGAAGAUGAUGCUGAUGAUUCAGAUAGCACAUAUGUCCCGAGUGACUAUGAAGAUGCAAAUUCAAUUGAAAGAUUACAUGUGGAGAGACCAACUAGAGUAAGGAGAGAGCUUAAUAGAUAUGGAUGGUACGCAUGCAUUGGUGAUAAUGCAUUUAAUGAUGCUAGUGGUUUAUCCGUACAGGAAGCAUUAAAUGGAACUGAAAAAGAACAAUGGUUAAAAGCUAUUCAAGAAGAACUUCAGUGUUUUGAAGAUAGUUGUGCUUGGGACUUAGUAGACACUCCGAAAAACGGUACCAUAGUAAAGUGCGAUACAGAAACAUGGAUGAUUACCUUGACCGGCGUACACAGAGAGAAUGUUGCCAUACAAAAAAUUCAAUUACCAAACUAUAAUAAU